AACUGGACGUGUAGAUUACAAUUACCUGAUCAAAAGACAGACUCUACAAGUCUCCUCCAGACCUGCCUCGGUGCACAGGCGGACCCAGCCAAGGAACCGAGAAUUGCAGCCUGAGAUGGACAGCAGUAACUGCAAAGUUACUGCCCCUCUCCUAAGUCACAGACACCGGAGGAUGGUCACCAAGGACGGCCACAGCACAUUUCAGAUGGAUGGUGCUCAGAGAGGCCUCGUGUAUCUUCGAGAUGCCUGGGGGAUCCUGAUGGACAUGCGCUGGCGCUGGAUGAUGUUGGUCUUUUCUGCUUCUUUUGUUGUCCACUGGCUUGUCUUUGCAGUGCUCUGGUAUGUUCUAGCUGAGAUGAACGGUGAUCUGGAAGUAGACCAUGAUGCCCCACCUGAAAACCACACUAUCUGUGUCAAGUACAUCACCAGUUUCACAGCUGCAUUCUCCUUCUCCCUGGAGACACAACUCACAAUUGGCUAUGGUACCAUGUUCCCCAGUGGUGACUGUCCAAGUGCAAUCGCCUUACUUGCCAUACAAAUGCUCCUAGGCCUCAUGCUAGAGGCUUUUAUAACAGGUGCCUUUGUGGCGAAGAUUGCCCGACCAAAAAAUCGAGCUUUUUCAAUUCGCUUUACUGACCUCGCAGUAGUAACUCACGUGGAUGGCAAACCGAAUCUUAUCUUCCAAGUGGCCAACACCCGCCCCAGUCCUUUAACCAGUGUCCGGGUCUCAGCUGUACUCUAUCAGGAAAAAGCAAAUGGAGAACUCUACCAGACCAGUGUGGACUUUCACCUUGAUGGCAUCAGUUCUGAAGAAUGCCCGUUUUUUAUCUUUCCACUAACCUACCAUCACUCUAUCACACCAGCAAGUCCUCUGGCCACUCUGCUCCAGCAUGAAAAUCCUCCCCAUUUUGAACUGGUUGUAUUCCUUUCAGCAAUGCAGGAAGGCACUGGAGAGAUAUGCCAGCGGAGGACGUCCUACCUGCCCUCUGAGAUCAUGCUGCAUCACUGUUUUGCAUCUUUGCUGACCCGAGGUUCUAAAGGUGAAUAUCAAAUCAAGAUGGAGAAUUUUGACAAGACUGUUCCUGAACUUCCAACUCCUCUGAUCUCCAAGAGCCCAAACAGGACUGACCUGGAUAUCCGUAUCAAUGGACGAAGCAUUGACAAUUUUCAGAUCUCUGAAACAGGACUGACAGAGUAAGACUUAUCCAAGCACCCUAUUUUUUAAAGCAUUAAAUAUUCCUAGCCAGUUAUAUAGCUACCUUUCCUUCACUGUAUCUCAUGUUUUUCUUUCUACAAUGCUGAUUUUACCUCUCAGAUUACAUUAUGGUAGUCAUGCCUGUGUGCACAUAAAUGGCUGAGCUAACA